AUGGCCCAGCGAGGAUAUGCGACGCCCUCAAAGAAGAUCAAAGUGAAGAAUCCAGUGGUAGAACUCGACGGAGAUGAAAUGACACGAAUCAUCUGGCAGAAGAUCCGGGAGGAGUUGAUCUUGCCUUAUCUCGACAUUGAUCUCAAAUACUAUGACCUUGGAAUGGAGAGUCGAGAUGCCACCAACGACCAAAUCACCGUGGAUUCGGCCGAGGCGAUCCUGAAAUACUCUGUCGGUGUCAAAUGUGCUACUAUUACCCCCGACGAGGCUCGUGUCAAAGAGUUUAAGCUCAAAGAGAUGUGGAGGAGUCCCAAUGGAACGAUCCGAAAUAUUCUUGGAGGCACCGUAUUUCGGGAACCCAUCAUUUUGGACAAGAUCCCAAAGCCAGUGCCCGGAUGGACCAAACCCAUCGUUAUCGGUCGUCACGCCUUUGGCGAUCAGUACCGCUCAACAGACUAUGUCGUACCUGGCCCCGGAAAAUUGACCCUUACUUUUACCCCUGCCGACGGAUCCAAGCCUACGGAGAUGAAUGUUUAUGAUUUCAAAGAGUCGGGGGUGGCCAUGUCAAUGUACAACAUCACCUCAAGUAUCGAAGGAUUCGCAGAGGCUUCUUUCAAGAUGGCCUUGUCGAAGGGCAUGCCCUUGUUCAUGUCGACAAAAAACACUAUUCUCAAAAAAUACGAUGGAAGAUUCAAAGAUAUCUUCCAAGAGAUCUACGACACAAAAUACGCCAAGGAAUUCGAGAAGAAGGGAAUUUAUUACGAGCACCGAUUGAUCGACGACAUGGUCGCUCAAGCACUCAAAUCCUCCGGAGGCUUUGUAUGGGCCUGCAAAAAUUACGAUGGAGAUGUCCAGUCCGACAUUUUGGCACAAGGUUUUGGAUCCCUCGGAAUGAUGACCUCGGAAUUGAUCACUCCAGAUGGCAAGACGAUGGAAUCAGAGGCAGCUCAUGGAACAGUGACACGCCAUUACCGACAAUAUCAACAAGGACAAGAGACUUCUACUAACCCGGUUGCUUCGAUUUUCGCAUGGACGCGGGGACUUGCCUUCCGAGCCAAGCUUGACAACACGCCUGAGCUCGCUGAUUUCGCCAAAUACCUCGAGGAAGCUUGCGUAGAGUGCAUAGACAAGGACGGAGUCAUGACCAAGGAUCUGGCUUUGGCAAUGAAGGGAAAGAACAUGAAACGAGAGGACUGGGUAACGACAGACGUCUACAUGAAGGCUGUCAAUGACAAACUAGCUGAGAAGAUGAAGGCCAAUGCGAAGUAG